UAGUCACGGGCGCCUCCCAACCGUUGCUUUUUUGCGCCCCUUCACACUUCACUCAUCACUCAUCACUUUGAAAGGGGGGAUUAGAGUAGGGAAAUUAUCUACGGAAGCACUCAUCACUUGCUGCCCUCGACCAUGGCGUCGUUGUCGUCCUCUCGCAACACGGCGGCUCUGACAGGCUUUGCCCUGGGAACCGCCGCGGCUCUAGCAGGAGUCUGGAUGGUUUCGCACUUGAGAAAGAAGACUCCAAAGAAAAGUGAAACCAAGUCGUAUACAGGCAAAGCCGUGGACCUUCCCGGUGAAAUUCGCGAUGAGCAACUCUCGCGGCACACUCUCUAUUUUGGCGAAGAGGGAAUGGAUCGUCUCAAGAACUCUUCCAUUCUUGUCGUCGGGGUGGGUGGUGUUGGUUCUCACGUAGCUCAUAUGCUGGGACGAGCUGGAGUGGGACAUCUUCGUCUCAUUGACUUUGAUCAAGUGACAGUCUCCAGUUUGAAUCGACAUGCCUGUGCCACCUUGGCAGAUGUGGGGAUCCCCAAAGUGACCUGCAUGAAAGAUUUCCUAGAAAAGAUUUGUCCCGAUCCCAAACACUUGCGCGUCGAAGCCAUGGCCGAAAUGUACACGCAAGAAAAUGGAGAACGCCUCUUGCAGCUUCCUCACGAUACUACUAAACAACAAUGGGACUUGGUGAUUGAUGCAAUUGAUGACGUCCCCACCAAGGCGGCUCUUUUGGCACACUGCCUCCAAAACAACAUUCGCGUCUAUUCCUGCAUGGGAGCUGGUGGAAAGUCGGAUGUUACCCGCUUGCACAUCUCCGACUUGAGAACGGCUGCCAAAGAUCCUCUGGCUAGUAAAUUGCGACAAUCCAUGAAACGAAUACUCAAAACGCAACAAACCAGUACCAGUGGUGUGGAUGGAUCAGAUUAUUUGGAAAACAUGGAGAAACUGGCCAUUAUCUAUAGUUCCGAAAAACCAGUCGUCAAAUUGGCCGACUUUACACCCGAACAAAAAGCACAAGGAGUGCAUACGUUUGGCGCCGUCGACGGCAUGAGGAUACGCGUCUUGCCCGUACUAGGGACCAUGCCGGCGGUCAUGGGACAAACUUUGGCGGCCAUGGCACUCUGCGAAUUGGGGGGCAAGCCCAUGUCCCCCGUGACAGGAGAACGGUUGGGCAAGAAUGUUCGCAAUCGAAUGUAUCAACACUUGAAACGACGGGAGGAACGGAUCACCAAAGACGUUGUGUCCUCGAGCAACAACAACAGCAACAGUUUGGAUGCGGCAAACCUUCCUCCGCAAGGAGUCUUGGUGGAUGGGACAUGGAUUGGGCCGCUAAAGAUUGAUCAAGACGACAUGUCAUAUUUAAUGGAAGUGUGGCGCAAUCGUUGUGCUGUCACGGGGGAUCGGUUGGGAAACGUCUUGGAACUUGUGAGGUGGGACAAGAGCAAACCAACACUGUGCAACAACUUGGUUCUCAUGGGGGUGGCCGCCUUGAAGAAAUUUGACGACAUCGGAAAGGACUCUAUUCCGCAGGAGGUUCAGCAAGUGAUUGAAAAACGGUUGGCAUCAUGUAACAUUGAUGGAUACUAUGGCUAAAGUUAUAGUGCCCUCUGAGACUUCACAAUUUUUAUACUACUACUGCGACACGAGUUAGUACAGAGUAGCAAAGCUGGCUGGUCUUCUCUGUUUUUGAUUCCUCGGUCGUUUUUGAUAGCUCUAGGAGAUAGCGAUGUAGCCAUUUGUGCGCUCUAGCUACUAGAGGUUCGCACCA